AAGUGUCUCAUUUUAACAUGUAUUUUGAAGUAUAGCUCAUGGUAGUUAAGUAUGCAGUAUUUCCCCAAAAAGUGAAAAUUUGGGAUCAGUACCCAAAUGUUGUGCUUUUUAUUUCUGUGCUACCCAUCUUAGGACUUUUUUUGAAGCACGUUGUGCAGGACACUGUCAGAAAUCUGAGAGAUCACUGAUUUGCUCUAGAGUUGGAAUUAUCUUUCUAAUUUGUAGUGAUGACCAAGAUCCACUGUAACCUGAAUGCAGAUGAGCAGCUGAAAGAAAGUCUGGUAAUAAAGUGUGUAGCUUCUUAAUAGCCAUGACUACAGCUAAUAAAAUAUCAAUAGGCUCAAGUGGCUAGAUAAGGAAAAGGGCAAUAGCAUACUUGCAAUUAACAAUGGCCUCCUUAGUAAAAUAGGACUGUAUUAAAGCACUCCGCUGAGGCAGUUUAUUUCAUUUGUCUCCUGUUUAAAGAAAUCUGCUCAGAUGCCUGUCAUGUCAUGUACCCUGGACAGCUUUCCCACAAUUUAUUGUCUAACCAUUUUGUAUUUGCUGAGAGUUAGGAAACAGUAACGCUUAUUUAAUGCAGAUUAAAAUACACAUUGAUAAUGAAGAACAGGUUAGUAAAGUAUUAGUUAAUUACUAUUUUUGGUUCACUGUCAAUUUAUUGUAUUACCAUGCAGUAAGCUAGCAUAUGCAGCAUUAUUCCUACUGCAAUCCUCAGCAAAAUUCCCAUUGCUCCAAUUAGCUUUUUUAUGGACCUUAAGAUUCAGAAAAACAAAGGCAGUCAUUUAUUCUUGGUGUUAUGCUGGUUACCUAAUACACACCAGUACAGGAUAAUGGGAAUCAAGGCAUCCCAUAGACAACUGCUGCAAUAAACAAAAUGCCCAAGUUAAAGAAUUGUUUAAAAAAAGAAAACAAACCACCAAAGAGCACUGUUCACUAUAGGCUGCUUUUUAGUGGUUAGCUCAAUCCCAGAACUCACCACAAUUAAAUAAACCAACACUGCGUAAAGAUGCUGCUUAAGAUCUUACUUAGAAGAACAAAUCUAAUCAGAACUUUUUUUUGUCACCCCUUUUAGCAUUUAAAUGCCUGAAGAUUUCAUACAUCCAUGGAGCUCUGUGUAUAAAGAUUUUUAACAAACUUCUACAUGCAUAGAGUUGUCCUCCCCCUUCACAGGUAUUUCUCAAAUAAUUUGCUGAUCAUUUUCAGAAGCAUUUUAAGACUUCAGAAGUGUUUCUUCAGAACACAUGCAUGUCAGGGAAUAAUACCAUAGCACUGCCAUAAUGCUGUUUGCUGAAAAGCCAGGACUCUUCAUCGUGUGUGCAGUUUUCAGUUAUGAUUCAAAGGUGCUUGGAAUCCAUGUGACCUUGGGAGAGUCACAAUUUGCUUUUUGAAGCAGUCUGCUCCAGUAACUGGUGUAUAACCAAAAGCAUCUAUUUCAGUUCUUUUAUUAGACUCACAAAGCUUAUUCACUGUGUUGCUGCCCUCUGUCUCGCUAUUAAUACCAGCGAGAUGCAUCAGUGAAGUAUGCCUCAUUAACUUGGAAGUGGUGAUUUAGGGAACAUUAAUUUUCUUUGACUACUCUGUGCUCAAGCAUACAACACACUGGCUGGAGUGGUUAGUCCAGGGUUUUGGCCACACAGGCCUAUUCUGUAACAAGGAAAUGGAAGGGACGGAAUUCCCAUCUGCAUUCUGCACAGGGGUGCUUUCUUGCUGUGGGCUCACACACCUUCCUUGUGCAGGAGUCAUAGCUAUUGAAUUUUUCCUCAGAAAUCACUUCAGAGCACAGCUCCACUCUUAUCAAAAUGAUGUGACUCCCAAGCUAUGAGUCUCAUCCAUAACUGUGUAACAUGUAUAUACACACUAUAAACUCUGCAUGACUAGUACUAGCGGAAUUUGCUCCUUAGAAGUGUUACAGUGUAACACUUUAUUGUGAGCAAAAUAAUAUAGGCAAUUUUUAGUAAAUAACUAAAAAGAAAACGUUUUGAAUCCUUUCAGACAUACAAAGUUUUGUUAAAUAAAUUCCCCUGUCCCCAUAAUGGAGGUUUUCAUUUCUCUGUUGAAUGAUUACACAACAGCCAGCAGUCCACAUUUCUAAGACAUAACUAAUUUUCCCACUUUAUUUUCUAAAAAUAAUAAUAAAAAAAAAGCCACUUUGAACUUUUCCUAUUCCAAACUAGAUUCAAAACGUUUCUCUUUAGCUUCUGGUUUUGCAGGUCAAACUGAUCUCAGGAUGUCACCAAAACUUCUCAUGCUGCUGUGAUACAUGUUUAAUCAUAGAAUCAUAAAGGCUGAAAAAGACCUCUAGGAUCGUGCACCCCCCCAGCACUGCCCACUAAACCCCAUUCCUUGGUACCAUUAGGCAUGCAAGUAAUCCGAUUAAAGUCAGUAUCUGCGAAGUCAAGCACAUAAGCCAAAGAAAGGGUUUAGCAUUGUUUCUGUACUUGGCUUCUCAAGUGCUUUCUUUCACAGCCUUUUCUCUAACAAGUUGUAUCAUCUGCAUCCCAUUUCUAAAAGCGCUAUGACACCCCUCAUCUUGCUGCAUGGGUAUUCUCCAGAGCCCCACAGACAGACUCAGUGCAGAUCAGCUGUUGGCAUUACGCCUCCUUCUCUAUAACAAUUUUUCAGUAGUGCGAUGAAAAGAAAUAACCUGAAUUACAUUUGAAUCACACUAACCUACUGACUUCCAGUUGUAAGUGGCAAUUCUUGUACACAUAGAGACAAGAAAUCACCUGGUGUAGGGACUUAAAUACUGCACUACAGCAAAACUCUGACAACUUUGGAGUUUUAUGCAAGUGAGUAUGGAGCAAUUUCUCAAACACCCCUGAAUUAUUAACCAGGCCUGCAAGCAUCUGAAAACUGGUCUGAGAAUUUGGUCCAUUACUUAUCUAGGCUAGCAGGAAAUAUUAGCUUGUUCUGCAUCUGUUUCAGUUCUGAAUCCAUUGCCACAGCAGAGCAUUUAUUCGUAAUAUUUCAAAAAGUGCUUUUUUUUUUUUUUAAUCAUCCCAAUUAUGAUCAACAUUUGUAAUCGCUGUCAUUCCUGCCGUGAGUUUUAGAUGCAGAAUAUAAAAGUAUUUUUAUUUAAAUAUCCUGCAAAAUAAUCAUAUUUCAUGCUUCAAAUGACACAAUAAUAACUGGUAAGAUUACAAAGUACCCUAAUUAUGCCAUUACUUUUAUACAAUUUUUCCAAAUGUGAAACAGGAGCAAUGCAUUUGAUUAUUAUUAUUAUUAUUUUCCUAAUGUCAGAGCUGAAUAAUACACUUAAUGGAUUAAUAAUCUGAUACAAAAAACACCUUUGCAGUAACUCCACGGAAUGCAACGCUGCAUUGUUAAAGCAUGCUAAUUAGAAUAACCAUCAUUUAAAAAAAACCCAGCCAAACAAAAAAUACGCAGUUUGACGCAAAGACCAACUGACUUUUAAUUAAACUUUAAUUCAAACUAAUUUAUCUACAUGAAAAAGCCAUGAUGAACAUACAAACUAUGCUCGCCAGGCUACUGACAGAGUGUAUUUUCAGAAGGGAAUGAAGGAAUAUACCUGUAUUUAGAAAACAUGCAUUUAAGUAAAAAAUUACAGUAAGAGAGGUAAGACUCAACGUAUUCCAGAUUUGGCAGAGGAGAGGGAGGGUGCAGUAACACACUAAACAACCCAAUACCCUCAUUCAUAUGACUUCAGUCUGAUUGCAGCUCAAUUAGCUACACCACCUGAAUAAUUUUUUACAACAACAAAAAAGUAAACGUAUUUUUCCAUGUAUAGCUGAUUAGUUUCCUAAUUAUUUCCUCUUUCUCCAGGAGGAAUAAAUAGGCAUUUCUGCAGUUCCCUGUGCUGGGCUGCAUUUAACCUUACUGCAAACAUUACGAUAGGUCUGCUCAAUGCAAUGAUCAGCAUCCUCACCUAUGGACACAGUAAAAUCUCACAUUGUUUCGACAGCAUUUUAUCUAUGUUUAACAAUCUCAUAAAAGCAUCUGAAAGAAGGAAAAACACAAUGACCAUCCUGUGUUACAGGGUACUGUAGCAUAAGUUAACAGCAUUUCUCAACUUUGCAAACAAGAAUCAGGAAUAAUUGUAUUCAUAAACAUCAGAAACAAAGCCCCCACAUGAAAACAGCAGCUUAGGAAGAACACAAACAGAUUUUUCAGAAGUUGCAAUAUGCUUUGAAAAUAUUAAGAAAAACUUAACUGUUACCUCCAGAUUUCCUCUAUGAGCUUUAUUUUUCACAUCCCCUCCUGAGGGACAGACAGUGCUGAAUUUAUGACAGAUUAGCAGAAUUUUUCAGGUAUCUACCAUAGGUUCCACUCACAUUAAAUCUCCCAUGGCUUUUCUAUAAGCCUUCCUACUACAUAGAUACAUUAAUAUUUAUAUAUAUAUAAAUUAAAAAAAAAAAAAAAAACUUUUCUUUUCUUACCUGUACAUUCAGUUUUACUUACAAUGCCUUCAGAGAGAGGAUGUAAUGAUACAGUUCUGCCAAACAAUUCUGCAUCAAUCGCAGUUGCUCUACUGGCAGUAGCAGCAUCAGAAAAAGUUACGCUGACUUUCACAAUUGCACAUUAAUUUUUAGAACUAUUACAAAACAAUAAAAAGUUGCCACGUUUCUAAAAAAUUCUUAUUAAAAAAAUUCUUAUUUUUUUAAAGAAAAAAAAAAUUCCAAAUACAUUUUUUUCAUACCUCCUCUUUUUUUUUUUUCCUCCCAGAAAACUGAUCUUAACUUGAUAUAAAUAAAAUUAUUUCUUCAGUCGCAUACCUUUGUAUUUUAUUUUUAUUUAAAAUAAUAAGUCAAAUACACGAAUAAAAAAAAUUGCUUUUGUCCAUUCGGCUCCCUCCCCCAAAUCGACACUUUAUAAAAACCUUCUGUACUUUUUUCCCCCUCCCUCUCUCCCUCUACUACCUCCAAGAUGGUAGGAAAGUUGUUGUUUUGGAGGGCAGAGGAGCCGCUCUGUGAUGUUAUGUCCUCUCGGUGCCUGUAGUGGUGCUGUAGGAGGCUGCCGGCUCUCUUCUUGAGCAGCCCCAGCAGCCCUGCCUUCUUUGCUGGAGAAUAUAUUCAGGGAUUCCCCUUAAUAAUCACCUACCCUCUGAGCACUUUGUAGUUUUAAAAUAAUAAAGAGCCCCCAAAGCUUCCUCCCCACAAAAAGCAGGAUCUCCUCAGAGCCAGGGGGGCAGCAGCUCCUCAGCACAGAGCCCGAGCCCAUUCCUAGUCCCUCUACCGGGGAGGAAACUCUGAUCUGUCAGCCCAACAGAGGGAAAGGGGGGAGAGGAGAGAGAGGAGAAAAAAAAAGCGGCUGGAAAGGGAAGGGAACAUCUGUAGUUGUGAAGUGAGCCCACUGGAGAGCCAACCAAUACGCUUCACCCUGCACAGGUGAACCAGACAAUCCACAUCAUCUUGAUUCAUCAUCAUUCCAGGAUAGUGGUGUCCUUGGGGCUCUCUCUUAACACUGAUAUGGUACAGAAGAUUUAAAAUCAGCUGAUGUUCACAAGGAAUAGAGUCACGUGAUGUAUGAAGGCAAACACAUACACUUCUCUGAGGUUGACAAUAAGCCCUUGUGCUCGUAUAGCCCCAAACUGUGCAAGCAGAGGCGACUUAACGGCUACGCCUUCUGUAUCAGACACGUUCUGGAGGACAAGACUGCCCCCUUCAAGCAAUGUGAAUAUGUGGCCAAGUAUAACAGCCAACGCUGCACCAACCCCAUCCCCAAAUCUGAGGACCGUAGGUACUGCAACAGCCAUCUGCAGGUACUUGGCUUUAUACCGAAAAAGGAGAGGAAGAAAAAGAAUGAUCCCAUAGAGGAGGUAAAGGCCAGGCACCAGAUGGAUACUAUGGCCCUCAGUCUGACGAUGCCCACCCUGGCCUUGAAGAUGCCCAAUGGACUGGACGGGAUGUCCCUCUCCCCUCCUGGGGCUAGGCUUCCUCUCCACUACCUGGAGGCAGAACUAGAAGACCCCUUUGCUUUCAACGAGGAGGAUGAUGACCUAAAGAAAGGGGCAACGGUGAGGAAAAAGUUGCAGAGCAAGUUGGCUCAAAACCGGCAGCGCCAGAGAGAGACAGAGAUUUUAAAAGUUCGCCAAGAGCACUUUAGCCCCCUCCCUGCACCUUUGCAGCAGCAGCCUCUGCAGCAGCAGCACUCCCAUCUGCCACCUUCAUCAGCUUUGUUAAAGCCAACAGGGCUACCGCAGGGCAUAGUCUGCAAGUCACCUCAACCUCCGAACACCAGCCUACCAAUGCAGGGAGUGGCACCCACCACACACACUAUAGCACAAGCCCGGCAGUUGUCUAACAAGAGACCUCUGCCUCUCCUGCCACCUGCUAGGGCUCCCGUCACGGACCCUCCAAGGACUGAUCGGGUCCUAAUGAAAGCCACAGCCUUUUCUCCGCACUCGUCCUGCAUGAGCCGGCUACAGAGACUGGUGAAACUGUGCACUCGAAAACAGCAGCUGGACACUGAUCUGUUUCCACAUCUAGGGCUGGAUUGGUCUGAAGACAGUGGAGAGGAGUUGGAGGAUUCAGAGCAAACCUCCCCUUACCAGGUCGCGUGGUCUGUCCGAGAAACCCUCGGCUUUGAAAGACAUGAGUCCGAUGAUGACAAUGCGGAUGACAGGAGUUCCAGGGUGACCAGACUUUGCACUUACUUUCAGCAGAAAUACAAGCACCUCUGCCGCCUGGAGCGGGCAGAAUCUCGUCAGAAGAAAUGCCGGCACACGCUCCGGAAAGCCUUGCUGCAGGCGGCCAGCAGAGAGCCAGAGCGUGCCGGGCAACUGAUCCAGGAACUCCGCAGAGUGACCUGUGCUCGUAGCAGUGCAAGCCACGCCAGGCAGAGAGAUGCAGAACCAACAACCUGUAGUGGGACUUCGAAGGGAGAACCAUGCACUAACAAGGCCCUUCCAUUCACCAGGCAUUGUUUUCAGCAUAUCUUACUGAACCGUUCUCAGCAGCUCUUCUCAAGUUGCACAGCCAAGUUUGCAGAUGGUCAGCAGUGCUCUGUGCCAGUUUUUGACAUUACACAUCAGACACCUCUGUGCGAAGAACAUGCCAAAAAAAUGGACAACUUCUUGAGGGGGGACAGCUCCCGUAAAGUUCAGCACCAGCAGCAGAGGAAACCCAGGAAAAAAACAAAGCCACCUGCACUUACCAAAAAACACAAGAAGAAGAGAAGGCGAGGCCCACGCCGGCCCCAGAAACCUAUUCCUCCUGCAGUGCCCCAAGGGAACCUCACCAUGCCUGCCAGUGUCUCACUGCCAGUAGAGAUGCCCCAUAUACGGAGCCCCUCCACCCCAGAGCUGAGUGCCGAUGAGCUGCCUGAUGAUAUCGCCAAUGAAAUCACAGACAUUCCACAUGACUUGGAAUUGAAUCAGGAAGACUUCUCUGAUGUCCUGCCACGGCUGCCCGAUGACUUGCAAGAUUUUGAUUUCUUUGAAGGUAAAAAUGGAGAUCUCCUUCCAACAACAGAAGAGGCUGAAGAACUGGAACGGGCCCUACAGGCUGUAACUUCUCUUGAGUGCCUGAGUACCAUUGGAGUACUUACACAGACAGAUGGUGUGCCAGUUCAGGAGCUGUCAGAUAGAGGGAUAGGGGUGUUCUCUACAGGUGCUGGAGCUCCAGGAAUGCAGUCCUUGAGUCGAGAGGUUAACACGGAUCUGGGGGAGCUGUUGAAUGGGCGUAUAGUACAUGAUAACUUCUCCAGUCUGGAGCUGGAUGAGAACUUGCUCCGCUCUGCUACCUUGUCCAACCCACCUACGCCCCUGGCAGGGCAGAUCCAGGGGCAAUUCUCAGCCCCAGCCAACGUCGGCCUUACUUCUGCCACUCUGAUAAGCCAGAGUGGCCUUGGGGAGAGAGCCUUCCCAGGACAGUUUCAUGGACUUCACGAUGGCAGCCAUGCCUCCCAGAGGCCCCACCCUGCCCAGCUGCUGAGCAAGGCAGAUGACCUGAUCACCUCACGACAGCAAUACAGCAGUGACCAUUCACACUCCUCACCCCAUGGAAGCCAUUAUGAUAGCGAGCAUGUGCCGUCUCCCUACAGUGACCAUAUCACAUCCCCUCACACCGCAUCCUUUUCUGGUGAUAACCUGGCAGCUACCUUCUCAGCAGAGAUGCCCAUGAUGGCACAGCACUUGCUCCCAACUCAGCUGGACGUGCCACUUAGCGGGGUGGUCAACCCCAGAACUCAUUGGGGAAAUCUUCCUGUCAAUCUUGGGGACCCCUCUCCGUUUAGCAACCUUCUUGGUGCAGAUGGACAUCUCCUGUCCACCUCCCUGUCCACACCACCUACCACCUCGCACUCAGAGACCACACAGCCUGCCUUCGCCACUGUGACCCCCAACAGCUCCAGUGUGCUUCCGGGGUUGCCGCAGACCAGUUUUAGUGGCAUGGGUCCUGCCUCCGCUGAACUCAUGGCCUCCACCUCCCCUAAACAACAGCUCCCUCAGUUCAGCGCAGCUUUUGGGCACCAGCUGAGUUCCCACAGUGGCAUCCCCAAGGACCUGCAGCCCAGCCACAGCUCCAUAGCUCCUCCCACAGGCUUUGCAGUGACCGGUGCCACCGCUACCAGUACCAAUAACGCAUCUGCGCCCUUCACCACCUCCAGCUGAGCUUGUCUGCCUGGCUCUGUGCAGGUAGAUGGGGGACCUGUGUUUUCUUUCUUUUCUUCCUUAAUUUUUUUUCUUCUGUCCUCUCCUUUCCCUCCCCCCCCCCCCUUUUUUUUUUUUUUUUAAUUUUUUUAAACGAAGGGGUUAAAAAGAAAACCCCAGCUUCAGUACUGACCAGGGUUAGCCCUCUGUGAACCUUGCUGUAGCGUUCACAUGUGCUUGUUACGCACUGGUGCUCAUUUAGUGCAGGCGGGUUCACUGUUCCCCAGUAAUUCCUUAAGGAUACAGCACAGUUACUGGAUGUAAUUGAUCUUAGCAGUAAGACCUAGCAAUGGGAAGAUACCUCAGAUUAUGGAUGCAUGUUACUGAUUCCUAGGGUUUGGAUCAGUGCUUGCCAUCCCAUUAAGCAUCUGGUAGAAAGUUUUCCAGUGGGCAGAAGUCUUUUUAUUAUUAUUAUUAUUUUUUAUUUUCCCAAAGGUAGCAUCUGGCAUUGAAAACUUGGCUGCGCACAUUGAAUUGAGAAUAGUGCACUGAAGUCCUAAAACAAGACCAUGUUCAAGAAUGAGUUUGACAGCUUGUUAAGAUAGUGUCUUGAUCUCCUCUGUGUGCGUGGUGUGUGUGUUUGGGGUGCAGGAAGCAGCAGUUCUUCUUCUGCUUUUGGUGAAGAAGUGGAAAAAGUGGGAUUUGUCCCCUUUUGGAUCUGGUCACUGUUCUUAAUGCAUGCUGACUUUUAUUUUGAUGAUGAUGAUUUUUAAUUCAUUGAGCAGCAAGGGGAACAAUUGACUGUUGCCCAUAAAUUUGAAGGCUGAUGCAAAGCUAACCCAGAGGAAAAAAAAAAAAAAAAAACUAAAAAAACCAACAAAACCAGAAAUGUUGAAAUAGAAUAAUGGUAUAGUGAAGAUUCCUGUGCAGAAAUUCCCUUCCCUGCUGAAUUACUGUGGCCUUGUAACAUUGAUGAUUUGCCUUUUCAAGUGUGGCUUUGUCCCAGACUCCUUGCCUGACAGGCUGACAGGUACUUUCCAGGUGAAACUGGAAGAAUUCAAUUGAUAUUCUGCCCAUCCACACAAGUCUAGUUCAGGCCCUUUGGUAAGUUCCAAACGGUUGCAUUUCUCAAAUUGUUUCAAAUUGUGACUUUGUUAGCUUUUUUUCACACCAAGCCAUAUUGUUUUUGGAUUUCUUAUGGAACUUGAUGCUCUUAACAUGAAGCUGAGUGUGUGUGUAAGGAACUAGCAGGUACCUAUCAGCAGUCGUGGCUAACCAAAAGAUAAAUCACUAAAGCAAAAUAGGUAAAUAAGAGUUUUUUUGCUUUCUUUUUUUGGCAGGACAGUUUUGCUUUUACUGCUCACCUGCUGAAGACAGUGUUCAGACUCUUAGGUAGUAAUUUCAGAGCAAUUUCAGUUCUUAUAGAAUGGAGUCCACUAGCUUUUAGAUGUUUUUAUUUUUUUACUUUGUUUUUAAUCCAAGGGAUAACAGCAGCAGAAAUCCAGAGGUGUUUACAUGUAUCUCUUUACUGGAAGGGAAAAAAGGAAUUUGCUUGUGACUUUAUAGGGUUCAGAUUUGCUAGUAUACUUUGACUGUAAAAGCAACUCCUAUUUCAUUAGUAUAACAAGUCUCUACUAUUCUUGACUUGUUUCUGUGAUGCAAAUGAGUGAGAAUAGAAAAACCCACAUUUCAGUCUCCGACUGUAGAAGAAGGAUUUCCUUCCACCUUAGUGUAAAACAUCCUAUUGCAUAUAUUCUAGUCUAAUCCAGGAAACUGAGAACCAAGCACAUGUGAUAGGGAGGCCUAAUAAAUUGUUUGAGCAAGAAAUCUUUGAACUAAGUUUAGUUUCUACAGAAAGUCAUUUCGUUAGCAGUCAGGCCCACAUCGAACUCUGACCCAAACCUCUCCUUUCAUCUUGCUAAAGAGCAGAGUUUAAAUGGGAGAGGUCUUGUCUCCUUACUAUCAUAGCAAUCAUACUAUCUCCUUUUCUUGAAAAGUUUGUCCUCCUUAAACUUAAAGGAGUAUGGAUGACGUGUGUGUCCUUUAUGAAAUUGCAACUGUAUGUGGGUGGAGGAAACAAAAAUGAUUUUCAUGCUUCUGUUGUUAUGAAGUCCUUAUUUCAUACUUGGUAAAAUAGAUCUUAAUAAUAUAAGGCAAAUAUUUUUUAAGUGGUGAUUUAAAUAUGUUUGUAACAUUUAAAUGUUUUUAAAUCAUGUAAAAAGUUGAAAUGAAGCCUAUGAAAUCCUGCUUGUGAUUGUCCUGCUGAUUGAGGAAUGCCCAGUGGUAUUGUGAAAUGAGGCAAAUCUGACAAGGCAUUUAUUUAUUUUUGUAUUAAGUUCCCCACGCUUUGUUGAGGAGACAACUGUUUGAUUUGCAAAUUAUUUUCCUUGUGUCCAUAUUCUUUCUUCAUGUUUUGGGUGACUGGCUGAAAAAGAGUGAAGAACUAGUAUACCAAAUGGUUAAUUCUUUAAUCUGCUUGUGUAUUUGUGUCACUUUUAGAGGAUGUUAAUUUCUAUAAAUUGGUUUCAGGACUUUGGUCUUGAAAUGAUUCUUGUGCCCAUCAAACUCUCUCAUGAAGCUGCAGCUAUUGCAGGGUUUAAUUGCUCCACAUUACAUUUCUCAGCAAAUGCAGGGUGUGAGGGGGGGGAGGGAUGGAGGGCCAAGUUCUGCUCGCUCAAAUUGGUAUAAAUUUCAGAGGAGCUCUUUGGUAUAAGGUCACUGUGAGUUUGUACUGGUGUAAUUCAGAACAGAAUCCAGAUCCUAAUCUGAGUGUUAUUUUAAUCAGGGAAUUUCAAAAGCUGUCAAAGUUAUGCAGGUUCAUAAUUCUCGUUUGAAAUCAUUGGCCAUUAUGGAUCUGCAUUCCUGUAAGGCAACCUAGGACAUCAACUCUUCCACCACUUAAACUUCAGUUUUGUAUAUCCCUUGAUGACCUUUUCCUGAAAAGUGAUGAGGUAACAUUUUUCAGUGGGCAAACUAAGUUUGCAGUAAACUGUACUAUUAAAAAUGAAUUUGUUCAUAUACAUUGGAAGUAGGAAUCCCUCUGUCCUGUCUGAUAGAGUUCUGCAAUGGGCCACCAUUCUUGCCUUCUCCUGAUUCACCUCCUAUUUUUUCCACUGCCAGCCUGACGAGAACUUAGGAGAACUGAUCUUAGGUUUACAGGAGAGUUUGUACCAGUAGACUUCUACACCUGCAGAGCCCAUUGAGUUCAGUGGAUCAGUGUCUUACUGCUGGAUGUGGAAGAUCCCAUUGAGAACCUCACGCAGCCAAAAAUUUGGCACCUCUCCCUCUGGGAAGUAUUGCUGGUCUGGAUGAGGUAUUCCUUGUGUAAUUCCUGAAUAGCAUUCAUGCUCUCUUGCUGAGGUUUUUGAAUAUCAUCUCCUUGUACAGCAAUUAGCACUCUAAUCGCCCUUUCACCAAAGAGUCAGUGUAGCAAUUUCAGUCCAUUGAUUUGAGUUGGUCAAUAUCUGUCAUGCCCUUUACAUAUGAAUGGAUGGAAUAAAGCUAGUUUAACUUAAAAGUUAAUUUCCUUACAUAAGAUUUGAGUUGUAGAGAAUGGAGAAAAGAAUUAGAUCUAGAAUAAAGUACCAGUAAGAUCGUUUUUUGUUAAUAGCUGCAUCUCAAUUAUUUUUUGUACAAAAGUGCAAGAAUUGACAGAAUGACACAUAAAAGCAUGGAGGCUGAUAGGAGCAGCCUGAUGGUGGCCUGGUGUGUGAGGUGUUCUGUUAGACACACUUUCACUUAGGAAGAUUUUAGGCCAAUAUCGAGUGGAGCCAUAUUCACUUAGAUACCUCAAGGCUGAUUUGUUCUUAGGUCUUGUCAUUAACUGAUAGAAGAAGAUGCAUCUGUGAUGCAAGAAGAUAGGAAAGAUGCCAUUUUUUGUCCCCUCCAGCUUUCCACUUGUUCCAGGUUCUUGCUUAGUUCUUUUCUCAUUGGUAGCAAGCUUCUUUGUGUCUUUGGACAUAAAGGUCAGUGAAACAAUUACAUCAAUAAUGCUGAGAGGUAGCACAGAUGAAGGUCUGCCUCAUACACUAUAGUCUGCAACAGCUAGGCUUCCCACUUCUUUCAGCAGGUUAGUGAAUGAGGAUUCACAGUUCUUGUUUGAAAACAUUAGUAUGCCUUGAGAAGCUUACAACCCGUUAGGCAAAAAUCAGAGAUGGCAUUGGAAAUACAAAUGUAAGGGAAGAAACAUUAAAAGAGGAGCUGGGAAUGAAUUUGCAAGCUAAUACCCACAUUCAGUUAGAGGCUGUUUUGGUGUAACCACAUCUAAGUACAGUCUAGGGUUGAAUUGCCUUGCUAGGGAAGAUGGGUCUCGAGGAAUAUUACCCUGUAGAGGUGUCUUCACUGAGAAGUUGUCCCUAGUGAUUAAGUGCACAUCCUGCUGGUCCACAUCUGAAGCUCCGGCUCCUCCAUGGCGCUGUAGCAGCAUGGCUGUUGCAUUUCCCUGUAGGCAUCAGCAGGACCAGCUCCCUGGUACUUAAUCUUUCAAGUGGUGGAAGGCAAGCUGCAGCAAGGGGAGUUUUCAGCAGGCAAAAGUAGGCAACUUACCUGUGAUGAUUCUUCUGCAGUGAAGCACUGUGUGGGUGUCUGGGCAGCUUUCUUCAUGGGAUGUUUCUUUUUGCCUUUGAAUUUUUGCCACGACAUGUAAAGAAGUCUCCUAUGCAGGCCAGUUGCAGCAUCCUCUGGUGGUGGAGAUACUAACUAAAGGAGUAGGUUUGGAUCUUUUGAGUGAUAUUUAGUGCUGGGAUGUUGUGGGCUGCUCCUCUUACCCCUCUCCCCUCCUUUUAUUUCCUUCCUUCUGCAUUCUCCAUCAUUCUUUCUUUUAGUCUCCCAUUCUCAGAUAGUUCUCCAGGGUAGGUAAUGCCAGCCGUAAGUCUUCUGUGGCUUGGUCCUGAGUGACUGUGGCUGUGAAAUACAAAGAAGGAGAGAUUGCUGCAUUUCAUAGCAUACAUCUGGGGUGCUAGGAUGACAGUGUACUAGACGUCAAAUAUUUCUCAGCUCAGUGAGUAGGGUUUCACAGCACACUGAUAGGUUGGAUGCUGAGGAGCAUCAGCAGUGAAUGUGUGGGCUUUUAGUGAGCAUCUGCCUUCUCACAGAUUUUUCUUGUUUUGAGAAGUGCAUCAGUAGAAAAUCACAAAAGUUACAGAUCAUUUUCUUUAAAAGCUGUGUGAAGAAGCCCAGCUAAAAGUAAAGAUGGAUGGGGGAAAAACUGACAUUUGAAUUUACUAAGCUUAAAUUUGAACUUCAGGUGACUCCUAGUCUGUGAGAGACUUCGCUCUCUCAGCUAAUUUGUUGGGAAUGAAAAGCCUGUGGGAGAAGGAGGAAUUGCAGAAUAUUGUGUCUUGGAACAAUUUUCUCGCCCAUAUCUUCAUCCAUUUGAACACAAACCAAAAAAGUAACUCAGUUCUGGGAGCUUUUCCUUUGCUGUUCUGCUACUUGUCUCCUGGUUGUUGGGUUCUUUGUUUUCCCCUGUUGUAUUCUGCUUCCACACGCUUGUUCUCUGGCCCCUGUGGAAUAGGGUGGCAGUGGAGCGUGAAGGAAGUCAGUGGGUUUGGCUGUAGAUGGACCUCAGUAGAGAAGGCUUUCUUUUUCCAGCUCCUUAUAAGCGUUGGCACCUUUUCAGUCUUCCUUGGCUCACAGAAUUUAGUUUGGAAGUCAACAGGUUGAAAUUCAGGCUUUUGACCUUAAAACUAUACAUAGUUGAUGAGGGAGAAAUGCAUUCCUGUGCUCCUUCCCCUCCCUAGCCCCCAAGCACACACACGGUGAGAUGCACAGAGUACGUGCGCGUGCACUUGGUCCAGCAGCGCUAACGUUUUAUCUGCUUGCUGCCUUCACCAGCUUCACCCACUGAAGUGAGCUCUGGGUGGGUGAUGUCCCCAGAUAUCCUCUGGAAAACUUUAACUUUGGUGCAGAUUGCUCUAAUGUAGCUGACUGACAUGGCAUUUGCUUCUGCUUUGGAGUGGAUAAUUUACCCUGUAAUGAAUCUAACCUGCGUUCCGAACAGCGUAUGGUCCCAAUGAAAACAGAUUCAUUCUGAAGUGAUGAACAGUUGGGUUCUCAUGCAAAAUAUCCUACACAUCCUACCAGAAGGGGUUGAACCAGUUUCUCUGAACAGUGAUUAUCUUCACUGUACAGUUUUGGGUAUGUCUCAGGGAUUCCUUGUGGAAAUAAGGGCAGUUAACAAAAAAAAAAAAAAAGAAAAAAAAAAGAAAAAAAAGAAAAAAAAAAAAAAAAGUAAAUAGUUUUAAAAGUAAAUAAUAAUUUAAGGUAGAGCGUCAUCUAAGUGAGAGUGCGAGAAAGAGAAAUCCGUGUUCAAUUUUCUAGUCCACUGUCUGGCUUAGGGACUCUUUCUCUUCUUGGGGCUCUCAAGAUCAACAUACAGAAUCUUUUUCAUCACGCUCAGCUUUAAACUUUUUAUUUAAAGAUACCCUUCCCCAAUGAGCUUUCAGAAUACUUAUUGUAGAUUUUAAGAGAAAUGGUAUAUUAAUUUAUGCUAUUAACAUCACCUCAUAAAUUAUAAGUUUUAUACUAAAGCUGUAUUGAGUGUAAUGAAUUAUGUUGCAUAUGUGUUUUUAAUGGCUAUAAAAUUAUAUACAAGCUUUUUUGGGAAGACGAACUAGUGAAGCACCUUUUUACACUGGAUUUUGCCGUGUCAAGGUGUACAGCUAUUCUUUGCUACCUUGCAGAUAUCUAUAUCUAUAUCUAUAUAUAGAUAUAUAUAUAAUUAAAAUAAAAUGGUAUCCUGUAUCAACAAAGCAUAGAACUCUUUUUAACCCUUAUAUCACUGUUCCUAUAUCUCUUUAAAUUUUAUUUUGAGUGUUACAUUCUGCAAUAAUUUAUCUGUGGUUUGUACCAUUGAUUAGACAUUUAGUUACAGGGUAAAUAGAUCAAAUUAAAAAAUCCAACUACUGUAGCUGGAAGUUGUGAA